GGCAAAAACAGGAGGAACAGUUGUAUGAUAAGAAGCAGCUUUGAAUGUCUGUUGCUGGCGAGUUCUGCGUGAAUUAUAGCACAGGAAAAUACUUGCUGAAGAAAAGGAUGAGCUGAGUUUUCAUUACUUACUGCAGAGGUAUGUAAAGGCCACAUGGGGUUUGAGAGUAAUGGUUCCACUGAUGGACUAUCCAGCCCCGAUGGGGCUGCUGUCUGCUGCUGGAGAACUGAGUAUGCCGUUCUCCAACACAGUCAAGUACUGCAUCCUGGGAAUCUCGGUCACUCUUCUUCUGCUGGCGCUGGGCAUCUUGGCAUGGCAGGCCUUCAGAUGUUGCACACAGACACACACCACAUACCCGCGGCAAGAUACUGUGAACAGUGAGGUGCUGUACUCAAAAGAAAAGUCACAAACAGCAGGAAACUUCUCAAAAGCUCCAACUACUAGGGUGGAGGAAGUCAGCACAGAGGUGUGCAGGCGGAGUCGGUGUCUGUCUCAAGCCUCGUUUCCCCCUUCAGGAUCCCGCCAGGCAGAGGGGAAUAUGGGAGAGCAGUCCAACAUUACAAAUGUGGUCAAUGGGUCUCUACGGUUUUCCCUCUACUAUGACCAGCGGCAGUCCCAGCUGGUGGUAACCGUCCUGCAGGUGGAGGGGCUUCUGAAGCACAGCCAGAUGCGUAGCCUCCAGCCAUUUGUUAACCUAAGACUUAUGUGGGCAGGUUCAGAGGGAGGGGAUUUGGACGACUGCACGGAUGGGGAGGGCGAAGGGACUGCAUCUGCCCUGUGGACAGUGCUGCAGGAGUGGCGGACUCGCAUUGUAAAGGGCAGCUGUAACCCUUUAUAUGGAGACGAGUUCAGCUGCAUUCUGCAACAGGAUAAGGAGCUUCAUCACAUCAACCUCCGGAUGGAGGUGAGGGACUUUGAUAAAUUCUCCAGACACACAGUGUUAGGAGAGGUGAGGGUACCUCUAGGGCAGCUCAACAUCUGCUACCCUCUGGAGCUACAAGAAGAUCUGAAGAUACCCCAGAAGGAUCUUGUUGGAGAGGUGCUUCUGUCUUUGAAGAUUCUUCCCACUUCUCAGAGGCUUGAGGUUGGACUGCUAAAGGUCAAAACAGGCCCCACUGAAAUAUGCUCAGAUGCAGCCCUUUAUGCCAGGAUCAGUGUGCAAUGCAACCAGAGCAAGUUGAGGUACCAAAAAACCUCUGCAGUGGCACGCUGCCUGGUGACUGUCUUCAAUGAGGUCCUCAUGUUCUCCCUGCCAGAAUUUCCCCUGGAGCAGUGUAAAAUAUUGGUUUAUGUGUAUGAAACUCACAAAACUAAGAAAUCAACCAAAAAUCUGAUUGGACAGUUGACUGUGGGGAAGGAGAAGAGUUCAGAAGACAAGCACUGGAACUUAAUGAUGCGCUCAAUCCGCCAGCCAAUAGCAAAGUGGCAUGGCCUACUGAUCUAACAUCUCAUGAAUGCUCUCCUGCUCUUCCUGGAUGCCAAGCUGUGGUGCCUUUGUAUCAGGCUGUAGAAGCAUUCGCAACUGAUUAGCUGAAGACCCAAACAGGGACUUCUCUCUCUCCUGACACCUCAGAUGUAAAAAAUAGCUUUCUGUUUCAAUCAGGACAGCGAAGUGACUGGCCAACUGAAACCUUAGGUUACUCAGUCUACUUGUUCACUGACAUCUCUUAUCUUACUUUAGCCUAAAUCUCAUCACAUUGACAAAGCUCUAAAGAACUAGCAUUUGCACUCGUGAUUUCUGAUUAAAAUUAAUUUAGUUUUGCUAAAUUGCAUGCAACUUUGUUGUUUGUGUUGCUUUAAGAGCUGUUCUUUUGCUUUGAAAAACUUUUUUUUUUUUAAACUAUUUAUGUUUAACUCUGAAUGUUCAGUAAAUUGAGCAAUGUACUGUAAGUAAGCAUGUUAAAUUACUUUUAUUUAAGAUCAAAAAUGAUAUUUUAUCUUGGAAAAUGAAAAACAUUUCAACAGAAAAUCUUACCAAGAAUAAUUAGGCUCACUGUGUUAUAAGCAAAACACAAUGCAUUUAGUGGGAUUAAAAAAUUUUGAAGUAGCAACUUUCUCUUUUUCAGGAACGCCUUGCUCACACAGUGUAACAUCUCAUUUUAUGUGUUUAUUUAGGUUUGGUCUGAAAGGUGU